AAUGUAAUAAUAAAUUAUAUUAGGUUCCAUCAUUUGUUUUGCUACUUUCCUUCUGAUUAUUUUAAUCAUUGGAUGGGAUGUUGUUGAAAUUACUAAUUGGGGUUUAAAAUGUAAUUCAAUAAGUAAACAAUGUGAUAAACAAAUAUAUGCUCCAGGAAGAUAUUUAGUUGGACCAUUCAACUCUUUUUUUAAUUUUCCUGGUAGUAGAUAAGCCAUUGAAUUUUCAGAUGAUAAACGAGCAUAAAGUCAACCUCUCAAAACGAGAACUGCUGAAGGUCUUACACUUAGUUUACAUGUUUCUUUUUAAUAUCAACUUAUUAAGAAUGAAAUUGCUUUACUAUAUGCUAUGGCUGGACUUAAUUAUGAAGCAACUUUUAUAAGAAUGGCUAGAGAUACUAUUUUAUAAGCAGCUGGUAGAUUUGAGGCACCCAAAUAUUGGACUAAUAGGAGAAACAUAACAGAAGUUAUGCAAAAAUAAUUAGAAGAAGAAUUGAAAAAGGCUCAUGCUAAUUGUGUAUCACUUUAAAUUUUAGAUAUUGAUUUACCAGAUUAAUAUGAAGAUUCAAUAGUUUAAACUUAAAUAGAAGUUUAAAAGAAAACAAUGAAAUAAUUUGAAUAGAAAGCACAAAUGAUUUUAAAUGAUAUUCUUGUUAUGAGAGCUUAAAAUGAUUAAGAAAUCUUUGUUAUCCAUGCAUAAGCCUAAGCAGAUGCUUUUACAAUCACUUAAGCAGCAUAAGCAAAAGCAAAUAAAUUAUUAUUAGAAGCUGAAUCUAAAGGAUAUGAAAUGAUUUAAAAGAAUCUUGAACUUAGUUAAGAAGAAUUUAAUCAAUAUUUAUAUUGGAUUUCUAUUUUAAAAUAAAAAAAAGCUAAAUUAGUAUUCAAUCCCAACACUGUAUUAACUUUUAAUAUGAAUCGUAAUUGA